AUGUAUCCACAACUUCGUGUUAUGCAGAAUACCAAGGAAGCUCCUGCCAUUGUGAAAUCUUACUAUGACCAAAGAAUUGUUGGUUGCCCUAGUGCAGAAGGGGAGGAUGAGCAUGAUGUUGUUUGGUUUUGGCUAAAGAAAGGAGAAACAAAUGAAUGCCCAGUCUGCUCACAAUAUUUCAAGAUUGUUGAACCAAUCACAGCACAUUAUGUGUUUGCUUUAGGGGUUGCAAGGUUUCUAUGUUGUGCACAUUGGAUUCUUCAGAAUAAUACGGUGUCCUUAAAUGAAGUACCCCUGGAAGCAGAUGAUGUUGUUCAGAAUGUUCAAAAGGACGUGAUAUCAAAAACGGAUGAGAGUUUUACUCCCUCAACAGUUGAUAAAUCAUCUGUAACCAGUCCAAUGAAAAUAUCAAGUGAUUUGAAGCGCAACCUCCAUGACAUUUAUGACGUUGAUUGUGGAGGUGAUUUGAGUUUAACAAAAUCUAAAAGAAAAUCAAUAGGAGAGGGAAAUCCACUUUUAGUUCCAAAAGUGGAAAAAAAACUCUCCCAGACCCUCUCAAACUCUCCCAAAAAUGCAAAACCCAACACCACCUCAACCACCUACCUCUGUCACUUGUCGCCUACCGUCGCCGUCAUCUACCGCCUUCUGUUGUCGGAAUGUCAAGUAGCCAAGGUUUUCUCUUCAGAUCCACCGUCCACCGCCACUGAUAUCAGAUCUGGAGUGAAAAGCUCCAUCGCCGAAGGCCACCACUGA